AUGUCGGAUGCACCGUACGACCAACUGGAGACAAUCUUCCCUCAUCCUGAAUCGGAUUCCUUUGCAUGGCUACAGCUCGUCGACCUGAUAGAGGCUCAAGAUCAGACGACGCCAGUAGGGCCGACAUACACGCGCUUGGACGGCUCAGUUUUGGCAAUCUUGAAUGGCCACAAGCGAUUACCGCUGGCGGUCCUCAUGAACCAACUGGAGCUCUACGCCGACGUGCUACUCGCAUGGCACACUUCCUCUUGGAAUCUCGGCGACUUGGAGAGCCGUUUCAUGAUCUUACGCCUAAUCGCCGACCUUACCCCUACCGACGAUGCCCGGAAGCCUGCACGGUUCAAACGUCUAGCUGAACAGUCGUGGUUGCGCUACAAGGCGUGGAGCGAGUUGGGCGAUCUAGACUACGCUGUCUCCGCCCAACGUCAGGGCGCAGCUCUUCUACCCCCUGGUCACUCAGACGAAUCCUCGUACUUGGUCUCCCUUGCAGGUUAUCUGCACUCGCGAUACGGUCGUGAUCAGGACAUUACUACCCUGAAUGAAGCUAUACACGCGCAGUCUCGUGCGGCCAGUAUGGCAAUCAAGAAGAACCCUGGCGAUACGUCCACCCUUCACUACUUGAAAGGACUCUUCGUAAUCCGAUAUGUACGUCUCAAGGACGUCGCCGAUCUCAGCCGCGCCAUCAAAAGCUGCAAACGCCUGGCUCAACUGACACCAGACGACGACAAGACGAAGCCAGAUCAUUACAACAGCCUCGCCACUAUCCUACAGACUCGCUAUGACUGUACCAGUCAGCUGCAGGAUCUCGAGGAGGCCAUCACAUCACGACGUCUUGCAAUAGAGCUGUCUCCCGAUGACCAUCCUGAUAAGGCAUCCCGGCUCAGUAGCCUCGGAAGCUCCCUUCGAAUCUCCUUCGAGCGAACAAAGGACGUUAUGCGCAUAGAUGCAGCUAUAGCCGCUCAAAGUCGCGCAGUGGAAAUCACUCCCGAUGACAAGCCCCUUAAAGCAAGCUGGAUCAACAACCUGGGGAACUCCCUGCUACGCCGCUUUGAGCGGUUCGGGAGGUCGGAGGACAUUACGAACGCCAUAGCCGCGCACACUCGCGCCGUUGGGUCUCUUCCCGAGACGCAUCACGACUUACCGAACUUUCUCGGUAACCUUGGCACUUCUUUGACAAGUCGAUAUGACCGCUUUCGGGAUCUCGAUGACCUGGAGCAUGCCAUCGCUGCACAUCGUCGUAUGAUCAGAGUCAUGAGUGGCGAGGGACCUAACCUUGCGGUCUCGUGGAACUCUCUGGGGAACUCUCUGAUGCGUCGUUUCGAGUGCUUGGGCGAGCUGAUGGACAUCGAGGACGCGAUCUCUGCACACCGUCGUGCUCUGGAUCUUACGCCUGACGAGCAUCCCAAAAGAAGGACGUUCCUCGAGGGCCUUGCAGCGGCUCUCAUAAUCAGGUUUGAGCGCAAUAAGGAGCCGAGAGAUAUCGACGGUGCCAUCGCACUACUCCGUCGUUGUUUCGAGUUCACAUCAAGCGAUAAUCCCACAACUUCGGUACCGCCUUUCAAUAGCUUAGGCAACGCCUUGAUGCGUCGUUUCGAGCGUACACGCAAUUUUCAAGACAUUGACGAGGCCGUAGCGAUGCUUCGCCGCGAGAUUGACGCCAUGCCGGAUAACCAUAUCUCCAAGCCGGGACGUUAUACGAACCUUGGCCAUUCUUUGGGUCGCCGCGCUGAGUGCUCCGGCGCCCUAAGUGACAUUGACGAUGCUAUAUGGGCACAUCGCAGAGCCAUCAUGACGAUGCCGCCGGGCUUUCCAGAGGACGCCGCGUUCUUGAGCAACCUAGGAAACGCUUUGACCCAUCGCUUCGAGCACGUGGGCGACCAGACUGAUAUCGAAGAGUCCAUAUCAGUGCUCUGUCGAGCCAUUGAAUUGACGCCCCAUGGUCAUCCCAGCAAGCCGAAGAGGUACUAUAACCUCGGCGCCGCAUACACGCAGCGCUUUCAGCGCCAUCAAACCCAACGCGACUUUGAUCUUGCUACGAAGUCGUUCUUGGCCGUGAUACAGCAUCCCGUUGUUGGCGCGACUACUGUACGCUUCACCUCCGCCCAGCGUUACGUCCACAUGCACUCUGUAUGUCCAAGGUUCAGCUCGAAGGAAGCAGUUCUCGCAGCCCAUUCACAUAUGAUGGCUGUCAUCCCCGAGGUCGUCUGGCUUGGUCACAGCGUCAGUCGACGCCUGCAGGAGUCUUCACAACUAGGGAAGCUCGUCGGGGACGCCGUGUCCACAGCCAUACGCUCUGGACUGCAGUUCUUGGCCGUUGAGUGGCUCGAAGCGGGUAGAGCUCUCAUUUGGUCGCAAGUGCUGUCUCUACGAACGCCGAUAGAUGUUCUCCAGGAACAACAUCCGGGGCUGGCUCAGUCGCUACGGGAUGUUCAACAGAAGCUCCAACGACCGGCAUAUGAUCCCGAGGACCCGUCGUCUCUGAACAGUGAUACAACUGCAGGGAUGUUGGACCUCGUCACCCAAGCGCCUGCCGAUCGACACGUCCAGCUUGUCGUCGAAUAUGAGCGACUGUUGACGCAGAUCCGGGGUCAUGCAGGCUUUGCUGACUUUCAGCUCCCGAAGCGCCUCCCUGCGCUCCUCGCAACGAUGGAGGCCGUUCAAGGGCCAGUCAUCCUGAUCAACGUAGAUGUGUCACGAUGUGACGCAUUCGUGAUCUUGCCUCAAGGAGAGAUUGUGCUCGUACCCCUGCCGCAGCUUACGCUGAAGGAAGCCGACGCACUCCUCGAGUUGUGGAGAAACAGGCUAUCUGUAUGCAUCGGGCGCAGUAGGGGGAUGAUCCAAUCAAGGAUAGACGAGGGAUACAAGUCCGCCUUUACGCUGAUGUUGAGGCGUUUAUGGACGUGCAUCGUCUUCCCUAUCUUGAAUGCAUUAGACCUGGCCAGCUUCGUGAUAGAUGAUGCCCUACCACACAUAACAUGGUGUCCAACGGGACCCCUCGCAAGUCUACCCAUCCAUGCCGCGGGCAUCUACGACGAACCCUACGGGCCACGUGUCUUCGACUUUGCCGUGUCAUCCUACAUUCCAUCCCUUGCUUCACUCUCACGCUGCUAUGAUGGUAGCCGGGAACUGCGUUCGGCCCCCAAGAUGCUCGUAGUGACGCAACCGGAGACUCCCGGACAGUCUCCGCUUCCCGCGACCGGUGACGAGGCAUCUCGUAUCGUCACUGCGCUCUCCCACUCGGACAUAUCAAGCACUGUCCUUGAUCGUGAGCGGGCCACUGUGGAUGCGGUGGAGAGGCACAUAGGGAGAUAUAGCUGGGUACAUCUCUCAUGCCACGGCAAUCAGAACACGGACGAUGCCACUCAAAGCGCGUUCGCACUACAUGACGGCCCGCUGACGCUCGCGAAGCUCAUGGGCAUCGUAGCAGACGACGCCGAGAUCGCCUUUCUCUCCGCGUGCCAGACUGCUGUCGGCGAUGUCCGCGCACCGGAAGAGUCUGCGCAUCUCGCAGCAGGCAUGCUCGCAGCCGGGUUCAAGGGGGUCGUCGCCACAAUGUGCUCCAUCGUGGAUGAUGAUGCUCCUAUAGUGGUCGAAGCGUACUACCGGGAGCUUCUCGCGCUCCGCGCCGCCAAGGACGUCGAUAGGGGAGAAACUGGGGCGGCAUAUGCUCUCCAUGAAGCUGUGGGGGUGCUCAGAGAGCAAGUCGGAGUACAAGAGUCUGCACGCUGGGUUCCGUUUGUACACUUCGGUGCCUGA